UAGAGGUGUGGAGCCUAGUACUACCAGUAAACUUUCACAAGGAAGAAAGGACCAGCAAAGAGCGGAAAGAAAGGAGAGGAGGUUUAACUCGGGGGGAGGUUGAUGGUCUCAUUGACUGUUGGGGGGGGGGAAACAGUCAGCUGAGCGAGUACAUUUUUAUUCAUCUUUUUCUUCCCCCUCUCACUUCAGCAAAACGCUUUUUAAAAGACAUUGUUUUACUCUUCAACUACAAGUGAAAGAGCAGCUGCGAUGAUGAAGCCCACUCUACUCCAGGCCUACAGGAGGCGCUGGUGGAUGGCGGUGACAGCAGUGAUUGAAAACCUGCUGUGUUCUGCGGUGCUGCUGGGCUGGGGCUCCCUGCUCAUCAUGCUGAAGAGGGAAGGCUUCUACUCCCACCUGUGCUCAGAAAACUCCUCAGGGCUUGUGUCUUCAGGUAACUCCUCUGACGCUGGGUUGGUUGAGUGGCUCAGCUGUGUGGACCAGGAGGAGAAGCUCAAUCUGGGGUUCACCAUUGGCUCGUUCUUGCUUAGCGCCACCACCCUGCCGCUCGGUAUCCUUAUGGACAAGUUUGGGCCGCGUCCGAUUCGCCUGGUGGGAAGCUCGUGUUUCGGCCUGUCCUGCGCCCUGAUGGCUUUGUCUGCCUACAACCCUGACGUUUUGUCAGCGCUCAUCUUCUUGGCUCUGUCCCUGAACGGCUUUGGCGGCAUCUGCCUGACCUUCACCUCGCUCACGCUCCCCAACAUGUUUGGUGCCCUGAGCUCCACCAUCAUGUCUCUGAUGAUCGGCUCCUAUGCUUCCUCGGCGGUCACCUUCCCUGGAGUCAGGCUGAUCUACGAUGCAGGCGUGUCCUUCCAGGUGAUCAUGUGGACGUGGGCCGGUCUUGCUGGAGCUGUCUGUCUCAACUGUUUCUUAAACUGGCCUGUAGAGGGUUUCCCGACACCUGAAGAGGUGGACUACAGUAAGAUCCUCAGUAUGAAAGAGCUGCCGUCAUCGGAGGAGAAGAUGGCAUCAGAGACACAUAAGCAGAAAAACGGAGACGUGCAGCACUCCACAGAGAAGCUGUCUAAUGGUCCUGACGCUACACCCAAAAUUGUGACAGAUACUGUUCCGUUCCGCCGGUCCGUGUUCUCUCCCAUCUUCCUGUGGAGUUUGGUCACCAUGGGAAUGUCCCAGUUAAGGAUCAUCUUCUUCAUGGGGGCGAUGAACAAAAUGCUGGAGUUCGUGGUCAUGCAUGGUGAAGAGCAUCCCUCUGAGCAGCUGGCUUUGGAAGCACAAACAAAUGUGGGUUUCUACUCUUCCAUCUUCGGCACACUGCAGCUGCUGUGUCUUCUCACAUGUCCUCUCAUUGGUUACAUCAUGGACUGGAAGAUGAAGAAGUGUGAAAAGGAGCCGACCGCUUUCUCAGGCACAGAGCACAGAGAGACCAGUGAAACCAAGAGUGACCGUAAGAUCCAGAAAGUGACAAACGCCAUGAGAGCCUUCGUCCUCACCAACGUGCUGCUCAUCGCCUUCGGGUGCUGCUGCCUCAUAGACAACCUGCCUGUUCAGAUUUUAACCUUCAUCCUCCACACCAUGGUCCGAGGCUUCAUCCACUCCUGCUGCGGAGGCCUUUACGCUGCUGUCUACCCGUCCAACCACUUCGGCACCCUGACAGGCCUCCAGUCCAUGAUCAGCGCCGUGAUCGCUCUUCUGCAGCAGCCGCUCUUCAUGGCCAUGGUCGGACCCCUGAAAGGAGACCCCUACUGGAUCAACCUCAGUCUGCUGAUCGCCUCACUGUCCGGCUUCCUUUUGCCUGGUUACCUGUUCUACCACCGCAGACAGCUGCUGAGGGAAAAGGAGGCCAGAGACAAGCUGGCCGUCGAGCAGGAGACGCAGGCGCUCAACCACAGCGAGGCCAACGGCUUCAAGCCCCACACCAACGGCCUCGCUGCCAACGAGGCCUAAAUGACAUACGAGCCGAGGAGUGGGCGAAAUGUCGGAUUUAUUUUUCUAUGCGCCCUUCAGAUGGAGAUCCGGCGAUGUAUUAAUCCAAAUGCAUAUAGUUGGACAUUGUUUAUUUUUCCCGUGGCGAUUGGUGGUGAAAAUUUCACUCCGCACAACAAACCGUACCCUAGGUCAAACAGAGCCCACCGUCCAACCCGCCGACUUAAGAGUUCCGCUUCUAAAUUCUUUGUGAUUAGGGAGAAGUCGUGUCAUCAUCCUGUGUUGCUGUUUAUUUAUUGUAGUUGAGGUCAAGGAGCCAAAUUGGUGUGAUUUAAAGCCUUUGAUGUCACCCGCACGCAGACAUACGCACAAAUCCUUGUGUAUCCACUGCGCGUCAUACCACACACAACACGGUACUUGAAAAGCUGUUAAACAGACGCCUGAGAUAAUCAUCAGAAUCCUCGCUAACACCAAAGAACAGCGUAAUGACAAUAAGAACGUUACACUUUGUAUUUCAGUAUUGUUUGAGAUGUGUGAUUGUGAAGCAAACGUUUAAUAGUGUUGUUUCUACUGUAAACCAGCUCAGCAAAAGCUUUAAUCAGACACCAGACACUAUGAGAAGUGUACAAGCUACGAAGGAAAAUUUAAAGCAUAUUAAGUAUGUAUAAAGAGGGUUUUAGGAGUAUUUUCAGAGCCUAGUUAGUCGCACAGAUGCGCACAAAUAGGCUGGUUGUAGAGACGCAUAUCUACCUCCUCUGUUUCCUGUUUUUGUACCGUCUCUCUGCAGCCGACUCCGUUUUUUUAAGUAGGAAAUAUUAAACCUUUAAUUGUCAAACGACCCAAACAACAAAUUGAAUCAGUGCACAAUUGUAUCCUUGUGUAUAAAUGUACUUCAGCCCUUGCAUUUCAGAAGAAAAAAAAGUGUAUUUUUAAAAUGGACACGUUUGUCAGUGUUGUUUAACACUUGUACUGCUUUAUGCACAGAAAUGAAAUAGUGUGUGUAUAAAUUAUGUAUGUAAGUGUCUUUUUAUACUCUAGCGGCAGUAGCUUUAAAAAGGGAAGCGUUCGUUUCUUUAUCAGCAAAUGUUAUUUUGUAGUGUGCUGAUCAUGGAUGAAGCUCAUGUGAUUCACUUUGUAUUCUGCUUUUUGCGUUUUUGUAUCAUUUUGAUUACGGAGCAAAAACAAAACAAAAUAUUUUAAAGAUCUUGUUUUUGUUCCAUUACAUCAUCCCUCUCUCAUAAACACACACAUACAUACAUAUAUAAAUAUAUAAACAUAUACACAUAAACACACACCCAUAUUAACCAAUGGCAUGGGAGACAUUGGCUGUGAUGGUGACUUCAGUUCUGAAUCACAUGAUAAAUACCCCUUGUUGUUUCAGCCUCCACCUGCAGAUGUGUUCACAUCUUCCCUAUGUGAUCACACAAUGUACUGUAUGUUUUCUGUAUCUGUUUGUUCUGCACUCAGCAAGUGGCAUGUAGAUUCAUGAAAUCAUUUGAAAUGUAUACUUUUUUUUUUUUUUUUUUACUCCAUUUCAGAGUGAAGACAGCUUUAGUGGAUUUCUUUAUCUUGUUGUUUGACGCAUUUCUUUUCCGCUUUCAAGUUCGACGUGGAAACAAAGUAGUUAUUUUUCACCCUGAGGACAAACAAUACCGUUUCAAAGUUUCAGCUCUGUGCCUUUAUUCCUGACUUUAUCGCAUAGUGAGUGCGAGAUUCAUUUCUGUGCCAAACAUAAACCAAAGCCAUGAUUAGAGACUGUAAAGCUUGUCUUUAGUACAGUACUAAUCCUCAGGAGGACACACAAACAGAACCUUAGUCCUGCAGUUAACACCAGUCCUGUCGUAAUGUUUGGUUUUUGUAGCUUUUUCACGUCAGAGGCUGGAGUUUGUGUUGAGUAUAAAAAACUGAUGAGUACAUUUCAUACACUGUUGAAAAGAUUUUCCAGUUUGGCUUAUGUCAAGACUUUCUUUUCACAUUACAGUAUUUAAUGCUGAGACCUGUGUACCAUCUAUUCCAGCAGCAACUAUGUGACCUCUUUUUACCUGUAUGAUGCUUUUAAACUGACUUUGGAGUAAGGAAGUGUCAGACCUGUUAAUGCUUACAGAUUUCACUUUUAAUGUCACUCCAUUGUACAUAUGGAUUUGUAAUAGGAACUCUGAGUGGUACCUACUUGAAUUGCAAUAUGAAGUUAAGUUAAAUUAACAACUAACAGUCUCUCCAACUUAAUCAAACAACCUUUCUUUUAGCUGUGUUUUAAUACUUUAUUGUAUACACUGGCUGGCCUAAUGGUCUGAACUCACCAUCAGAGUUGAUAUGCUGGUAUUUCUUGCUAAAUGUACGCCUUUCUUUCCUGCUUUCAAUCAAUAUAUUCAGCUUGAGCAUUUUUGAAAAAUAAAAAUAUAAAUGUAAA